AUGACAGUGAUAGACUCCUAUCUGAUGCCAUGCACUAGCAGCACCCUCAAUAAAGAGGCCGUCAUGCUCACCAGAAAUAUGGACUUGAUUACUAAGUUCGACUGGUCCAAAAUAGUCUAUGAAGAUUUGAGGGAAGCUGUGUUGAGAUGGCAUGCCGAGAAAGACAAGCCUCCGCCAAAGAAGCCGAGGAGGACACGACCAACAAGGACUCUCCAUGGGUGCUGUAUGGUCCCAAUGUUAAAGAGCAGGUCGCGCACCUAUUAUGAAAGCCUGUUGCAGCUGAAGGCAGCUGAUGUCGCUGAAGCCAUACCUGUUGACAGGAGUCAACGGAAAACAGCUGCUCUUGCUAAGGCACGUGUGCAUGUGCCUAGAGGAACACAAUUAGAUGCUGAAAUUGGAUCUUUGCUAGAUGGAUCUUUGCUAGAGGGAUGCAACAGUAGAGCGGACCAAAUUGGAGUGAAAAGUUUGUACUCUCAGCAUGUUCUGCAAAAGCUUGAUUCGUCGGGACAACAUGCUAUACUUGACUUUCAUGAUCAUUCAGUUGCUGAAGAUGUUUUUGUCAAAUGCUUCAAGCCAACAGGAUAUAUGGAUUCCUCUGUAAUGUCCGCUCAGUUUAUGUUGUGGAAAUUUGAAUGGAAGGCUGAGAAGAAGCCAUAUAUUAUUGUUUCAGAAGGGAAUGGGAACACUUUGGAACUAAAUCUGUCUGACAUUCUGAAGAAAGAACUUGAUGGAAGCAUAGAGGGCACCAGUCAGGUUUUUGUGCCUAUCCAAGAUCCAGAUCAGAAUCACUGGUUCCUGCUGGUGAUAGACAUUGAGGGAAAAUGUGGUUGGGUACUGAACUCCAACCCACGUCGCAGUGUAUACUAUUGCGCAAUGGGUGUGUUUGAAGCAGCGUGCGGUUGUUUGCUGGAGAUGGGUGUACAGACAUCUUUGUGGCCUUUGUCAUUCAUGCGUGGUCUUGCAGUUCAAGAGCACGAUUUUGAUUGCGGGAUCCAUGUGCUCAUGUACAUUGAUGGUUUUGAAAGAAAGGACAUAUAUGGUCAUGAUAAGGAAAUGGUUUGUAUGUACCGGCAGAAAACUGCAGUUGACCUAAUCUACAACAAAGCAAAUAGGGUGCGCCCAAAUGUAGGCAUGGCAGCUGGUGAUUCCUCUUCCCUGGUAGUCUCCAGGUCUGCCCUGGAAAGUGUACAAGGAGAAGCUGUGCCAACUAUCGGGUCUGCCCUGGAAAGUGUACAAGGGGAAGCUGUGCCAACUGUCCCUGAACAACAAGAAUUCACUUCCGAAUCCUCCUCUAGGGCAGAAGAUACUUCGCACAAGAGGAAGGCUGAAAAAGCAUUCACUGAAUGCCUGAUGUAUGAUGAGGAAAAUGGUAAAAAAGCCAGGAUAUUUUUAGCACCGCAGGAUUAUGAAAAGAACCCAGAGAAAUUUAAGGAAAAUAUUGCCAAGACGCUGCCUGCAUCAUUUUGGUCAUCAUUUGAUAUGAUCUUCUUACCAGUAUUGCAUGGAAAUGAUUGGAUUGUCUACUGUGCAAGUAAUCGUGUUUCAAAUGCCGUGAGCUUCAGAGAACGAGAACAUUGUGCUGAAACGAGGCAAGGCCAGCGCAAAUCUAUUAUGAUGGCACUACAGACAGCUAUAUACGAAAGAUAUACAAAGAAACAAAGAUUUGUUGAAAGGACUGUUGAAUGUCCUGACUAUGCAGAAGACCUGACUGAUACUCCCCAUAAAAUUGGUUUACUGGCAUUGCAUUUUAUGGAGUGCUUUACUGGUCUUCCCUUCGAGCCCUGCUUGGAGGGAUACGAUACUGCAGUCCUGGACUACCUUCUCUUCCAUGGAAAAAACACCUCCAAGUUCCCAAAGACCUGCAGUGAUGUUCUAGAAGACCUAUAA